AUGCACCGUCCUGGAGAUGAUUAUCCGCUCACAACAACGGGGUAUCAUACGUUUUAUUUCAGUGCUGAGAACAACAACCUCUCCCUUCAAACCCCAAAAGAGCAUGCCACAUCUUCAUACAGAGCAAACAAAUGGGAAGAGGAUAGGGUGCAAUUACUUUUACUUGUGCCGAAUACACUCAAGCUUUUUAUGUCAACAGACGACAACGACGACAGGGAUGUAUGCGUCAUCAUGCGAAAGUUGGAUGUUGACGGCAAUGUUCCUCUGAAUCUGAUUAUCGACAACCUCAAGCUCUACAAGCGAAACGGUCCGGCUGCUCGACUGUGUGCAUCCAAACGUGCUUUGGGUCAAGAUUCUAUGUUGUCAGAGGAGCAACGGAAACAAAAAAUUCCCAAUGAGCUCUGGCUUCCGUACGACAAGGAAGAAAAAGUACAAUCUGGAACGAUAGUGGAGCUCAACAUUCCUGUCUGGCACACCUGUAUAGCCUUUGAGGCUGGCGAAUCCAUGCGUUUGGAAGUCAACGGUCACGAUUAUAGGUUGCAUGAAUGGGCAGACUUGGGGCCAUUGGAAAAUCCGAAUGAGGGAACACAUACAGCUCACACAGGUGAAGACUAUCCGUCACAGAUGGUUCUUCCUCUCAACAUCUGA